GCAUCUCUAAGCAAGCUUUCUGUUUGUUUGGGGUUUUUUUUGCUCUUUUUGCUUUUAGCUUAAAAACGCCUCUGAAAUCUAUUUAAAAGACUCAUUUAGGUAGUCACACAACAGUAGUAUAGGUUGCAAGUUUUACUAAUGUUUACAUACACUGCCACCCACUUGUCUGACUUGAGAGGGUGUUCCAGAUGAAUUGGAGUUGUAACAUCUGUUUAGUAAGAGAUGAAAUAUUAAUGUAUUUCUUACAAUUUUGUUUUUGGGUGUUGCAAAGACCCAUCUCCAGAUAAAGCCUGAGGCACGCGGUCGCAACAUGUGAUUUAAAAGUCAAAGCUUGAUGGAUCUGUUGGAAUGCUGACUUGUUUAAGUAAGGAUUUAACGAGGGUUCAAACGCUGCCUUCUAUUACAGGUACUGGAGGCAGUAAAAGUUGACACGAUUAUGGCCCUAAAUCAGCCCUGUUAGCUGUUUUCUGUUUAUACGAGAAUGUCUGAUCCAGUGGAAUCGAGAUUUGAGGUUGUGACGUAAUAAUUUUGUAUCAGCUUCAUGGUGUGGUGUCAUUUUAUCCGGCAAUGUUUUUCAGCACUUAAGUAAAAAGUGAUGCUAAAACCUAGUUGAGGUGUUUUUGUUGUUGUAUAAUCUGUGAACUGAUGCUUGAAGAGGAGUUAAAAAGGAAACUGAAGCCAACAGAAUCAGCAGCAUGGGAAGUAUUUAUACAGGUUUUCCAGAAUUUUCUUGGCACUCUCAGAGCAGAGGCUUAUGCCGACCUUUUGGAUAAUGCGCUGAUGUGUGUCAGAAUAUCACUGAAAAUGCACUUUUUACGUUCUCAUCUCAACUUUUUCCCAUCAAAACUGGACGGUGUCAGCAAUGAGCAUGGCGGAUAAACUUAAUCAAGAUAUAAAACUGUUGGAAAACAGAUAUUAGGCCAAAUUUAAUAAGAGCAUGAUGAGCGACUACUGUUGAUUCACCCAAAGAGAAACAGAUGUGCAGUAUAAGGGUGAAAGCAACCUCAAACAUUACUAGAGCGCUCAUCUUGUUCCAUUUUGAGCUAAAUUGGCAAAAAUGUGCUUCUCUCAUAUCGUCUUCUGGUUUGGUUUAUGAAUAAACACAUCAGACGUUGUGUUGCUAUAUUGACGUGUCAAAAUAUCAGUGAUGUAUUAGGAAUCAAGGAUGGUUUUUUUUAGAUACACAAGUAAAUAACAUGAAUUUUUAUGAAUGUUACCUCCAGACCAAAUUGAAUUAUAAAGCACAUUUAAUCUUAAGGCCAACCCAUUUUUAGCUGAAGAGAAUCUGUCUGAAGUGCGCCACAGUUACCCCUUCAUUUUUGGAACAUGUGUUAUUCUGGCAGGAAGGUAGAGCUCUAAGUGGGCCCUCAGAGACCACGUUCAUGCUCCAAUCCCAGUAAGAGAGCAGCCUUUCUUCUAAUCUUUCUGCCAACAGACGGCCAAAGCCGAUUGCAUGCUUUCUUUCCCUGAAAUCAACACACACUCCAGCGGCAGCAGUAACAAUAACCAUGUUCUCCUGGCCCAAAGAUAUUUGCUUUCCAUUCAUAGAAGUUGACACCAAACACUACGUGUGUUUGUGUGUAUGUGCCCUAUUAUCAAAUUUGUCACACCUUUCAGAUAUUAUUACAACCGUGCCGGAAUGAUCAGAGUGAUUGUGACACAAGGAACACCCUCUCUGAAAUCAAUCGCCAAAGAUAAAGAUUAUAACUGUAUAGUGGAGAGAUCUCGUUGCAUUAAUGUAACCUAAUCUGUCCAGCAGCAGAUGAAAUAAUCUGUGGGUUUUCAUACCUCUCAUGUUCACAACCAUCUGCUUUAAUCUGCAUAUAGGAACGAUGGAUGGGUGGGUGGAGGUUUUUAGAAGGAUGCAUAAAUGGAUGAGGUACUUGGAGAGCUCUUCUGUCAUUAAUUACAAACCUAGCUGGCAUUGACAGAAGGUGAUGCUGUAGUGUGUUAAGGACUACAUUACUCUGUGUUCACUGUAAUCUAUCUUUGCUCUGGAUAGCUCAUUAAAUCACUUGGUCACAGAUACCUGUUUCCAUGCAAGGGAGCUUUGUGUCAUUGGUUAAAAGAACGAACCAAUCAUUAGCCAUUGUUGACUACAUGACACCAUUAAAGCUUCAGUUUGAGACUAAUAAUAUCCACCAUAGGGUAAUUGUUCUUGUGGCUUGGUCAUGUCUUGAUGCAUGCUCGAUCAUCCAGGUUAGGAAAUCCCAGAAAGUUGAUUUUGUUCAUCUGGACGUCGCGUAUUGAGUGGAUGUAUAGCAUUAACUUUCCUGGACUGUUUGGUCUUGUUUGAUGUGAAGAAAACAUUUUGCAACACGGGCUUUUGUUGGCGUAUUAAACCUUUUCACUACUGCUAUCUACAGUAGGAGGCGUGUUGUCAGGCAGUAGACCAAAUUUGGCAAAAAUCUAAAAGAACUUGGUGAAAGCAUUUGGGUUGGACCAACCUCUGACUGAGCCACCAACCUUUUGCAUGGAUAACUGAUGGCAGCUUUAAAUCCUGCAAGCCUCUUUCCACAUUAGAAAUAACAAGCCUGCGGGAUAAGCAACAGAGCGGCUAUGGCCUGUGCCACUGGUCUGUUUAUGCAAUUAGGUUUUUGAGACCGCCUCACCCAUCAUCACAACAUGUCUAGAUACUGUAUUUAAGCUUGACUGGCUAUGGAAAGUGAGACUUUGGUCAGCCAUUUUUGCUAAUGGCUCCCUCAAAUAGAUCAUAAAACACUGGCAGGCUCUCUGCAGCCUGAGUUUGCAUGGGUGUUUUUUACAUUAGCUGAAAGAACUGGAUACUCGUACUGCCAGCAGCUUGCUCAGUGAAAUCAAAGAAAUGUAUGGGUGUGUCCUAAAUCACUCAUUACAUAAUGAACAUGAUGUAGUGAGAAGUAAAUUGAAAUUUUUGUACACUCAAGUGAUGGAUCGUGCUUUUUGCCCUACCGCUAAAAUGCAUGAUGACACAAUGGAGGAACUGAAUCAAAUUCUUGAUGCAAAGUCUGAAUUUAAAUUCAACAAAAGAGGAGUGACAACUGAUUAGAGUUGGAGGACCAGGAAGGUGAAUAAAAAUGUCUUGAACUUGCAUUCAAGACAUCAAGACAAAGGGGUACAAAGGCACUGUUUUGUCUUCCCUGUUUUGAUAAUAACCCAGUUUUCAGCUGGUCUGGUUGACGGAUUGAAGACUGAUCCCUGGUUGGGAAUCAGUGAUUUAUGGCUCUGUGCAGUCCAUGAAUCCAUUUACAUCCCUGUAUUUGCAUUAAGGGAAAAAUCAGCAUGAUAAACAAUUAUUCUAAUUUUAAUUUCAAAGUAUAACAUUGCAGUUUUGGUAUUAUAGUGAGUGAGUUGGUGUUGAUGGUUCAGGGAGAGGUCUGUUCUCCCCGUGGCCCUCAAACAAUGGGACAGGUGAUCGGUUUCCUCUCAGUGCAUGAAAGCUGAGUUUCUAGGAAUCAGAGUAAUUGUGGCUUCCAUGAAACUCCAGUAGUUUUUCCUUGUCACCUUUUCCACUUUAAUCCAGCGAUGCUAUUUCAGAAUAAACAUACAAUGACACUUUUUUUUUUUUCCUCCACUGUAACUGUUUACCAUAUGGAAAGUUGAAUUCAAAUGAACAUGUGACAUGUGAAGCUUGUGGCAGCAUGCAUAUCUUUUUCAGUCUUGAGGGAAGCUGUUUAAAAAGGUGUGGAUGACUGAGCCAUCUGAUGUAAACUCACUGUGUUGCAAAUUUUGUUUUAACUAUAUAUUUAAGGAUACAAGUUGUGUAGGUCAUUUUUCUUUCUUCCAAUGCAUUGCUUUGAUUUAUUUCUUAGUGUAACCAUUUUCUGAUGCCAGGUUUAGUCUUACAGAAUUAUUUAUUAUUAUUUUUAAUUAGUUAAAUUUGGUUUGGUACACAGGUAUAACUUGCAUAUGCUUCACACACACCACUGCAACUGUCCUCAAGAAAAGCUGGAGGGCAGUUUGUUCCCAAGAGUCGGUGAGAGUUGAAAUCAUACACAGAUUACAGAAAAUGAAAAGUUGUCAUCAAACUCUGCUGAUUCCAGCCAAUAAUUGGAGGACAGUGUUUAUUACUUGAAAGUGGUGCAUGGGUUUCAUACCAUGUUGAACACACAAUACAAGUUCCUGACCUCUUGGCCUGAGAGCUGCACUGCGGGUGCGAUUGGCAGCCUGGGUCUAAGCCAGGCGUAAACGGACACCACAGCUCACGGAGGCUCUGUCACUCAGAGACAGCUGGUGUAAUUACAGAAUCCCUCUGUCAUCGCAUACAAUGUCGACAACGCACUGACGCAAGCAUAUACACGUGCACACAGAAACAUUAGCUCACACACCAGCGCUCCCACGGCCAGAUAUCUAACGGAGAGCGCUGACCUUUGUGUUGACACUUGCUCAUAGUUUAGUGAAAAGGUUGAAUUAAAGAGGUCCUGCUUAAAUCCUUGAAGCCCACGGCCAAUAUAAUUAAUUCUAAUUAGAUUAGCAUUUAGCUGCCUUAGGAAAAAAAAAUGGAGUGGGAGAGAAGACCUGCCGUUUUUAUGCGAUAAUGCAGUCUUGGAUAAGGGCCCUUUUAAAAAGUGCUGCGCAAUUAUGUGGGUUUGUGUAAGGGACAAAGUUACUGCCUCAUACACCAGAGCGGGGGAGUUGAGCUGCAGUAUGCUGAAAAAGUCUUUAAUACUGUAGUGUAUAACUUGUCACAUUUAUAGUGGGUUUAUCUGAUGUAACAUACAUUAAGCCACUGCUGGAGCACACUCGUAUUCAUCAUGUAGGCACCAUGUCCUUUAUGCUGUAGUCAUGCUCAAAUGGCUAAUGCUAGUAGCUCUGUCUUGAAGAACUUGACACUUGAUUAGCCAUAUGUAAGAUAAGCAGCCAGACAAAAUACUGUAACAAUGAAAUAUUCUGAUCUUUAUUUAUGAUUUCUUUCUUAAGGAUAUUAUUGAUUUCUGUGCCCUCUAUAUUGAUGGUUAUUUACACUUUUAUUUAUCUUAUGUAGUAUCUCAAGAAAACAUCAGAACCACAUUUUAUUACGAAAAGAACAAACAUAUUAUUUGGGUGAUGUUUUAUUACUGUGUAGUUUCCUCUUCUUUUAACGAGAUCCAUCAAUGUCUAUAUUAUGCAAUGUAACAAACAAUUUCACGGUUACAGCUAUGUCAGUCUUAGCUAAUGUUGUAUAAAGGAGUUAAUGGUAAUGCUAUUAGCAAGGCGCUAAUAGCCUGUAUUUGUAUUUAAUAGCGUCACUAUUAGCUCCUUGCCAUAGCAUAUGCUUGGCUAACUAUUAGCUGUAUUUAUGCCUAACAAUUUAACUGUUACUCAUGUUUUAUACAGUUUUUAUUAUAAGUUUAACUAGUUGCUGUAAUUAAACUCUUAUGUUUAUUGACAGUUCUGUUUAUCUAUACUAUUGGAUCAUAACUUAAAACUAUGAGCUAUACAUUUUACAAGUGAGUAAUGCUAAUCCAUUAGCUUUAGUUAACUUUUAAGCUCAAACCUAUUCAAGUCCACUUAGUACUUUAGCUUGACUAUUACAAUAGAUCUCUCCACAUUCUACACUGUUCUGCUACAUAUGUUUCUCCAAUAGCGUGUAUAAAGUAUGAUUAUAAGCUUGUAAUAUUAGUGAGAUUUUUAUCUGAGGCUUGUAAAUUUAGCUUACUUCACUUAUCACUGUAAAUUGCAGGCAUAAUAGCAGUAACUAAAAGACUAAAGGGCUUGCCCAGUAGUCACUAUUAACAUGCUUUUCUCAAGUGUUACUUUUAGCAGCUAAUGUAUUUUAUUUAAUCUUGUGGUCAGGUCAUUACCCCACCCUCAUCUAGUCUCUCUGGGACAGGGAAAAGAGACUCAUUUCCUCUCUUCCGAUUGUCAUUGAGACAAGAACCAGAAACUGCCUUAAACAGCACGGACUUGUGUGAAGGCCGGGACCUCGACGGGUUAGGAGAGCAAGCAACAGACGCACAAACCAGACUGACAGACAUCUGCGGUGGCGCAACGGGUAGCAGCAUGGCGUCCGUAGUGGAAUACUACGCUGACAAGAAUGUGCUGAUCACAGGAGCCACGGGCUUCAUGGGAAAAGUGCUGGUGGAGAAGCUGCUGAGGUCCUGCCCUGAGGUCAAAGCCCUUUACAUCCUGGUCAGACCCAAGGCUGGGCAGUCCAUGCAGCAGAGGGUCAGCGACAUGAUGAAGUGCAAGCUUUUCGACCGUGUGAGGGAGGAAAACCCCGAUUUCCACCAGAAGAUCAUCCCAAUCAGCAGCGAGCUGACGCAGCCGGGCCUGGCCAUCAGCCCAGAGGAUGUGGAGAAGCUCACCACCUGCAUCAACAUCGUCUUCCACUGCGCCGCCACCAUCCGCUUCGAUGAGCCGCUCAAACACGCCCUGCAGCUCAACGUGAUCGCCACACAGCAGCUCCUCAGCCUGGCCCAGCAGAUGCAUCACCUCGAGGCCUUCAUUCACAUCUCCACCGCCUAUGCAAACUGCAAUCGCAAGCACAUUGAUGAGGUCAUCUACCCGCCGCCCGUCGAGCCCAAGAAACUCAUAGACUCCCUUGAGUGGAUGGACGAUGGCAUCGUGCGGGACAUAACGCCACGGCUCAUCGGCGACAGGCCCAACACGUACACCUACACCAAAGCCCUGGCUGAGUACGUGGUGCAGCAGGAGCAAGACAAGCUCAACAUUGGCAUCAUCAGACCCUCCAUAGUGGGAGCCAGUUGGCAAGAGCCCUUUCCUGGUUGGAUCGACAACUUCAACGGGCCAAGCGGCGUCUUUAUAGCUGCGGGAAAGGGUAUCCUGCGCACCAUGAGGGCCAACAACGAUGCGGUGGCAGAUCUGAUCCCUGUGGAUGUGGUCAUCAGCCUCACUCUGGCUGCUGGCUGGUACACUGCUGUACACAGACCUAAAACGGCCCUGGUGUACAACUGCACGACCGGCGGCAUCAACCCUUUUCACUGGGGAGAGAUCGAGCACCACGUGAUGUCCUCUUUUAAGAGAAACCCCUUGGAGCAGGCUUUCCGAAGACCCAACGCCAACAUCACCUCCAACUACCUGAUAAACCAGUACUGGAUCCUGGUCAGCCACAAGUUCCCCGCUUUCAUCUACGACCUCUUCCUGCGCCUCUCCGGGCAGAAGCCGCAGAUGAUGCGCAUCUUCAAUCGCCUGCACAAGGCCAUCCGCCUGCUGGAGUAUUUCAGCAGCCAGGACUGGGAGUGGAACUCUGAGAACAUGAGCAUGCUGAUGGGCCAGCUAACCCCUGAGGACAGGAAGACAUUUAACUUUGAUGUGCGCCAGCUGAACUGGCCCGAGUACAUUGAGAACUACUGCAUCGGCACCAAGAAGUAUGUCCUGAACGAAGACAUGUCUGACAUUCCUGCUGCCAGGCAGCACCUGAGAAAACUGAGAAACAUUCGCUACACCUUCAACACCCUGCUGAUCGUUUUCAUCUGGAGGGUGUUUAUCGCCCGCUCCCAGAUGGCCAGAAACAUCUGGUACUUUGUGGUCAGCCUCUGUUUCAAGUUCCUCUCCUACUUCCGUGCAUCCAGCACCUUAACCAUUUGAGUCUUCCUCACCGCCUCAAGCCAGAGUCAGCAGCCCUCGCCUUUAGCUGUCAGCAGGAGGAAAACAUCCACUGUGGACACUCUAAAUCCUUCUUAAUGUGGACAAGCGGGGCUCUGCACACGUGGGGGUGGCAGUUAUGUGAAGAAGAGGGGAAAAAUGAGGUCUACUAGCCAUGAAUUAAGCAUUCAGUUUGGAUAUCUGUCAUCGGUUUGUGCACUCUUCAAUCUCCAACCCCGUCCAAAAAGAAAAGUGUUGUCAUUCAUUUUGUACCUACUGUUUUCGUCUCAAAGUGGCCAAUUAUAUAUGCAACAAUAAGCCUUUCGUGUGAUUUCCAUUUUCUUUUCCACCCUCUUAAAUCUCAAUACAUCGCCUUGCCUUGUAAGUACUUUUUUUUCAUACUUGAAUAAUACUGGCACUGCAUCAUUGGAGGAAAAUUUCUAUGAGAUCAUUGUAGUUCAUGGGUUUUUUCUUUUUUUUUUUCAGUUUUGUUUUUCGGUUUUGUUUUUUUACUGUGGGGAUCUCCAGUUCUUGUCUUUAAUACACGGGUGAUUCCGAUAUCUGUAUGUCUUUGCAAUGAGUGCAUCUACUGCCUUUUUAACAUCCCCAAAAAAACUCACCGGUGGUUUUCCAUCUUAAUACCCAUCUGAAGUAUAUUAAGAAUAGUAUUAAAGCUAAACUCAAGCUGAGUCACCUAUGGCUACAAAUACAGAUGCCACCUUUCCUGUUGUUACAGUUAUCACUUAUUUAUGACCACAGAUGUUGAUGUCCGUGCGUCUUGUUUGAAUGCUCAUCCACUUUUUUGCCUGUUUGUACAGCAGUUUGUACUGAAACUAAGUUUACUACUUUUACAUCUUUAUACCUGCGCCAAAGGCUAGUCCGACUAUAUGUGGUAGACCUUGGCUGUGUAGAAUUUAUAAAUAAGAGUAAAUCAGAGUGAACUUUAUUUGUAUAGCCCAGUAUAUACUGCACAUUGUUUCCCAACAGUUUCUAAGCAAACUUUGUAAGAAGACAACUCCCCAAAAGGUUAGCACGUUAGGGAAAGAUAUUUCACAGGCAAAGCAGGAGCGAGUGAUUCAGUUAAAAUGGUUCAAUGCCUCAUAGUAUAGAAGAUGAGAGUUGAAGACCAUUGCAGCUACCUGCAGCAAAGGAGCCUGAAUUCAUGCCCUUGUUGCAAGUGCACAACACAGUGGAGGUUAAAAAGGAAAAAAAGUGGGUCUAUUACUGAGCCCUGAGGGAUGCUUCACCUUAUAAAGUGAAGUUGGAGAGGGCAGUUUGGUGUAGUAGGAAGUCAGAGUGGUAAACAUGAGUUAUAUUUGAGCAGUGGUACCCAUUCAACUUAUCCAGAGAUGUUUUCAGUGCUCCUGAGAUAUUAAUUAUGAUUUAGUGAUCAGAGUAAAGUGUCAUCUGCAUAUGAGUGAAAAGUCAUGCCCCGAUUUCAAGUAAUUCUUCCUAAAACACUAAAUACAAAGCCAUAAGAGAUGCCUCACCUCACAGAAUGGAGAAAUGGACUGCUACGACAAACUGAUCCAUUUAAUAAUGCAUAUUUAAAAUGAUCCAAUGGAAGAUGAAAGAAAAUAAGUGGGCCUUGUACUGAGCCCUGAGGAAUGCCACGCCUUACAGCGUGGGGUUGGAGAGGGCAGUUUAAUUGCAUAGAAAGUCAGGUCACCUGAAAUCCUGAGGAGACCUCACCAGCCUUGUCACAGUGGUAAACAUGAGUGAAAUUUGAGUUGGCAGUACCCAUUAGGUACCACUAAAAAUAUAAACUGUCUGGAUGAAAUUAUUGCCUGCUGCACAACAGAGUGCACUUUUAUUUACCAAACCAAACAAUUUUGGGGAAAUGGGUCAAAUUGUUCAGAAGACAAUGUCCGAUUUUGAGGUUCCUAUAAAUACAGUUGUUAUAUCUCGAGCCCUGGUUUUUCAAACACUGCUGGAAAAUUGUUUAAAAAAAGAUUUUUACCACUGUGAUUUUAACAUUAUGUUAGUGCAUAAGAGACACACACUACAACUUCAGUAGAUCCAAAGAAAAUGGAAAGAAGUAGUUGCUGGGAUGUCCAACAGCUUGCAGUUUAAAAAAAAAAAAAAAAAAAAAAAAAAGGCUCACACCUGUGCAGAUUAAGGCUCUUUUCUCUUCUGAUUUCUGGACGCAGACUAAGAUAUCUAAAGACUCGUGAGGUACUUUUAAAUCCCAUACAGUGUGAAUAUGAGGCUUCUGCAGAAUAAUUCAUUUAAAAGUACUGGUUAAAUUACAAUCUAAGCUGGCAUUGUAUCCCCUAUGCCAGAGUACUUCAGCUUCAUCGUCUUAAAGGGGCAGGGCACUGAGCAAUCAGAGUUGCAGCUGCAUCUGCAGCUGCAUCUGCAUAUAUGUGUGAAAGUUCAUGACCCAGUUUCAAAUGAUUCUUCCUAAAUUGAGUAAAAACUAGAUAACUGGACCAAGACAGAGCCAUGAGAUAUGAGUCCAGAUUUAAAAAGUCCCAAGUAAAGGGCUGGGAACACGUUAAAACUCUACUGGCAUUACAUCCUUUCUGCAUAUUUGGAAUAUCUGUAAAUAGAUGCUUGCAUAUUAUUCUUAUAGAUUACCAAAAACUUUUAUUUGACUGUUGAUUUAUUUUGGUUGAGUGUCUUCACAGAGCUUCCCACAGAGUCUACCAAAAGUGUGACCGGCUGGUAUGAUUUUUACUGAAAGAAUGAGACAGCUGUGUACAGUAUUGUAUAUGUUGCAAGGCAUUACUCUUGACAGAAUUAAAAAUACUUAACAAUGA